GUGGAAAACUGCUCCAUGCUACCAAACCGGCUUGGCACUAUAUAUAAAAAUAAAACAGCCAUAUUUUUCUGUGAAGAGGAGGUGCAGAAAGUCUUUUUAUAAUUCAAAGAUUGUUAUAGCUGCAGGGCAUAGUGCACUAUUAAAGCUGUGAAGGAGUGGGUUAAUUCCUGAAGUCAAUAUGUACAGCAGGUGGGUGGUAGUAUAUGCUUGUUUGUAUCAAAAAGGCAUUCCCUAACAGCUGUGAUUCAUGAGGUCAGACAGCCAGAGGAGUCAGAGGUCAUUGAGGUAGGAUGGGUCACAGCAGCCUUGUAUGGAGGUGUAACAGAAUCUUAGCAUUCAAGAUGGAGGAUCAUCUCUUCUGCUAAGUGUUUGGAUUAUUUCUUUCAAAAAACUUUACUUUUAGAAAGUAGCAUAAGCAGAGAUGAAGGCACUGUUGAAGGUGCUGUUUUUGAUCAGCCUGGGGGUCACUACGUCCUUGUCCUUGUCUUGUUGUACGUGUGAUGACCUUGAUGUCUCUGGAACCUCUGCAGAACCACAGAUCCUCCCCUGCCCCUUCAUCAUCAAAGUCAACAAGUUUGCCUAUGAAACUGAUAACCCUAAAGAGUACCUCAGUGUGACUUUGGAGUCAAGAGGAGGUGGAAAAUACAUUAGCAAUUUCAUGUUACAAGCCGUGAGCAUUGAUUCCAAGGGUCAUGUAAAAGAGGCGAAUCCAGGAGAGAAUGGUUUCCAGGCCUUCACACAGGUGCCAGUGGAUGGACUUACUGUCAACACAGUCAGUGAUUGUGAGGGAAAGGUUGUGAAAAGUGAUUCAAAUCUCAAAUUUGACAGCAAAGCAACAAAAAUCCAGUUUUCUUUUGCUCCAAGGCGCAUUCAAGGGCCAAUCAAAUUCAGGGCCACUUUUGUGGAUGACCAGGGUAACUACUGGCUGAGGGAGGAGUCUGAACCCAUUAUACAGAUAGGAGGACCCACGCUAGAACCCUCCCUUGUCCGUCAGAAUGCCCUUCCAAUCAUUGAUCCAAUUCACACAGACAAGUGCGGAAUUGAGAAGGGCUGUUACCGAGUCCCUGAGGGAUGCUGGGAACCCUACUGUGAUUUUAUUGCCACUUGGAGGCCUUUGAGCAGGCUAGGGGUAGAGUACAUGAUUGAGAUGAGUGCCAGGGUGGAUGGUAUCACAGACAGACAUGUCUCAUUAGCUCUCUCCGAUGACAUUAGAUGGGGAGAUGACAGAGUAUUUGAGUGUGUCCAUGAAAGUGGGCUGACAAAAAUCUACCAAGCCAGAAGUAUCGACCACAGCACAGAGAGAUUUAGAAAUCCCCAAGAUGGUAUAGAUGAGACCUGUGAACUGUAUGGACUCAAAUGUGGUGGUAUGUUUCUGGAUGGGAGAGUGAGGUGCCGUUUUGUUGUUAAAUCCAGUCGUAACAUCAACUCCCUGCCUCUCUCAGGUUCCUACCACAUGCUGAUGUACAGUGGACCAGCUGAAAAUGGUUUAACUGCACCCCACAGAUAUGGCUAUGGAGAAUACCCAGUUGCCUCCCCUGAUAUGGUCUCUUUGGCUGACAUAUCCAUUAACAUGGAGGGAUAUGCACGCUACCCACUGGUCAAGGCUCAUGGAAUUCUGAUGAUCCUGGCGUGGUGUUUCUUUGGGACUGUUGGACUAUUAAUGACCAAGUAUUACAAACCUAUGUGGCCAAAUAAGAGGUUUUAUGGCCAGCGAUACUGGUUUGUUGCUCACUUCAACUGUAUGGCCUGGCUCUUUAUCUUCGUUCUGAUUGCAUUUAUUCUCAUCUUUGUGGAAGCAGGUGGAUACAGCAAGGUUGACUACUUCCCAUUGGACGCCCAUCCUAUUUUAGGAAUAAUCAUUUUCUGCUGUGUAAUUAUCAACCCAAUCAUAGCCUUGCUCCGCCCUGCAGAUGAUCAUGAAUGUCGACCAUGUGUCAAUUGGGUGCACUGGGCAUUUGGGACUGUUGCUUGGUGCUUAGCUAUACCCAACAUGUUUAUUGGAAUGAGUUUUGGAAAAGCUCAUGUUCCAUGGUGGGCCACUUGGAUUUUGUUUAUCUACAUUCUCUUCCACAUUAUUGUGGAGAUAACACUGGAGAUUCAUCAAUGUUGUACACACAAGAAAAACAAAGGAUCAUCAUUGAAAACUGCUGUUCACACAGAAAAUACCCAUUUGUCAAUGAAAGUUGACCAACGUUUAACAGAUGACAACAAUGAGCGUAAUUCAGUCCAAACAAAUGAGAUUUUCUCUCAUCCUCUCAUGAGUUCUCUUGUUGAGUUCCCUUCAUGUGAGGAGAGAGUUUGCAAAAAUUUUGCCAAGUGUUCCAUCCAAGAUUCCAGGGCUAAGUGCUAUUGUCCCUUAGGUUACACAGGAAAAUUAUGUGACAGAGUGGGGGACAUAAAGUACCCAAAGUUUACAGGAGAUGGCUUCCUGGCAUUUCCAGCAGUAACCAGUGGGUACAUGGAGUUUGAACUCUUAAUCAAGUUCAAGCCAUCCUCAGAUUCUGGUCUCCUCCUUUUUAUCUCGGAGCAACCUGAUGCAAAGGGUGACUUUAUCUCUCUUGGUCUCAUCAAUGGCUUUGUGGAGUUCAGGUUUGACUGUGGAAGUGGGCCAGCAAUAAUAAGGAGUCCAAUCCAAGUCAAGAUAGGUCAGUGGAAUCAGGUCAAGGCCAGGAGAAAAGAGAAACAGGGUUGGCUGUGGCUUAAUGGAUAUGGACCUGUUUCUGGACUCUCGCAGGGAGUAUACUCCAGAAUAAAAGUGAGGACAGACCUGUACCUUGGAGGAUACCCGUCCAUUUCAUCAAUACAGCACAGAGUAAAUGAACGGAGUGGAUUUGUGGGAUGUGUACAGAGCCUUGUCAUCAACCAGCAACAAUAUAAUUUCAGAAAGUCUGUACACAUCACUAAUGAAGAGAUGGAAACACGGAGUGUGUCGGGUGAUGUUGAUCUAGGAGAUUCAAUAGAUGGAUGGAAUAUAGGUGAUUGCAGUGAAAAUGUGUGUGACAGUGUUGUCUGUCAAAAUGGAGGGUCAUGUAAAGUCAUUUCGCCUGAUCAGUUUGUCUGCCUGUGUCCCAUGGGUUUCUAUGGGCCAAACUGCAUCCAAACUGGAAAGGUAAAAGUUGCUGAAUUCAGAGGCCAAUCAGUGCUGCAGUAUGAAGGCCUUGGUAGAAACAGUUUGUCAUAUACUGAGUUAGAAAUGGUAAUUAAGCCCACAGCUGCAGAGGGGGUUAUAUUGUACAAUGGCUACACUAACAACAGGCAAGGCGACUACCUCAGUAUUCUGAUGCGCCAGAGAUAUGUAGAAUUCCAGUUUGAUUUGGGCACGGGACCUGCUGUUAUCAGAAGUUCAAAGCCAGUUAGUCUGAAUACCUGGCACAAAAUUAAGGUGUCGAGAACUGGCCUACAGGGUGUGGUAGAAGUUGAUGACCAGGGUCCAAUACAGGGGCUGUCCAAAGGAGCUUACACACAGCUUACUCUGCUACAACCCCUAUUUAUUGGGGGCCACCCAGACUUUGAUAUCAUCUCUAAGCAUGUCAACCUGUCUGUAUCAUUCCAAGGCUGCAUUCAGAAGUUGAUUGUCAAUGGUCGUCUGAUACACCUUGUUGAGGAAGCUAUGCACAGUUACAAUGUGGAACCAUGUUCUCAUCCUUGUAACACAAGGCCUUGCUGGAAUUCUGGAGUGUGUGUUCCUAAUAUGGAGGAGUACAGCUGUACCUGUUCUCUGGGCUUCACAGACACACACUGUCAGAAAAAUCUCACCAUUUCUGCAGCAAAGUUCACUGGUUCUGGCUUUUUGUCUUAUGACAAUGAAUAUAUUAUGAAAAGGGAAUCGGGAAGACAGUCUGAUAUAGAAAUGAAGAUUCAAGGACAUUCUUUAGAUGGCCUUCUCUUUUGGAUCAGCUCAAGUUUCCCUAUCAGAGAGGAGGGAGAUUUUCUCACCGUGGGGUUCCAGAAGGGCUUGCUUUUGUUCCAUUAUAAUCUGGGUUGUGGCAGAGCUUACAUUUCAUACAACAAAACUAGGGUAUCCGAUGGAAAGUGGUAUACAAUCAAAGCACAAAGAAAUAAACAACAUGGCACUCUGACAAUUGAUGGCACACUUGUGUCUGAGGGAAGAUCACCAGGGGCAUGUACUAUGCUGAAUGUCAAUGGUCCUGUCUAUAUAGGUGGUAUGCCAGAUGUUUCCUACAAUACCAGAGGUAUGUACAAGACAGGUUUUGUAGGAUGUGUCCAAGAUGUAGCAUUAGCCAAUUAUUCACCGCUGAAGCUAACAGAAUCAGAAGGACAGGGAGUCAGUCAAUGUCAAGGGAACUAGCCAAGACCAGGAAAUCGAGACAUGUUAAUGAUACGAUAUUUCAUCAUGUAUCUUUCAUUACCAUUCUGUGUGCCAUAACAAUAUUUUAGAGAAAUUCUCGUUACACAGCUGUUCUAGCUUUAAUUUCUGGUUUAAGGAGGUACUCUACAUCGUCAUAAUGGCCGACUUCCUUUUCAAAUAUGGAUGAAUUUAAAAAAUUCUCGCCUAGCUGAGUAGCUCAGUAGGUUAGCACUUUGACUGCUGAAAUGUAGAUCUCGUGUUCGAGUCCAGCAGGGUUUUAAAUUUUUCUCAGAUUCCUUUCAACUCAAUUUUAAUUAGAUUGGUUUUCAACUAAAACUGUAUUUUUUGACUAAAUAAAGUAAAUUUGAAAGUUUUCAAUUUCAAAAUAUUGUUGUACAUAUCCUCCACUUUUCAUCCAUUAUACAUAUCAAAUAUCUCUGGUGUAGCAUGCCUCCUUAAAGUUCAUUGUCAUUGUUACACAUGCAAAAUGGUGCUAGAUUGAUUAAGUUAAUCAGUUUUAAUGAGCAUGUUUUGUUCAGAAUUAGUGAAUACUGAAACUACUUACUAUAGUUAAGGGUAUUCCAUGUUUUGUAUCAUCAAGUAUAUACUCUCAUCUUCCUAUGCCGUUUUGAUCUCAUUUACCGGUAGAUUCAAUAUUCUAAAGAAUAUGAUUUUAAAGAGAUUAGCUUUUAUAUAAUAUUGAUUUUUCAAAUCCAGAUUUCAUAUAUUCCAUAUUUUUAUGCCUUUUAUGCUCCCUCCCCCCAUAAUUGGAGAUUUGGGGGUGUAUAGUUUUUGGUGUGUUAGUCUGUCUGCCGUAAGUUUUGAAUGCAUGGUGAUUAUUUGGGCUCUCAUAUUUUACAGGUAUAUUCUUUUUGACAAGACCUUUCUUUGGGCACCAGAAUUACUUUGCUGCCAUAUGUGGGUAUCAGUGUUUCACAAACACAUCUUUUUUUCAUGCCCCCUUUCAAAGAAGUGGGGCAUAUUUGCUUUGCACCUGUCGGUCAGUAUGUGUGUCGGUCGGUUGGUAGACCACAUGUUGUCUCCUCAAUACCUUGAGAACCACUCACUUCGUCGUAAUGAUAUUUCAUUUGUGGGUUGAUUAUGAGUAGGAGAGGACCACUAUUGAUUUUCAGGUCAAAAGGUCAAGGGUGAAUCUACUCUGGACAAUGGAAAAUACUGUCCACUCAAUAUCUUGAGAACCCUUUCUUUGAGAGACAUCAAACUUGGGACACUGUUACAUCCUAAGGAGUAGAUGACCCCUAUUGAUUUUGAGGUCACAUAGUCAAAAGGUCAAACUGGACAUCGGAAUAUAAUGUUCGCUCAAUAUCUGAGAACCUUUUGCUUGACAGACAUCAAACUUGGUACACUGGUACAUCCUAAGGAAUAGAUGACACCUAUUGAUUUUUUUAGGGUCACAAGGUCAAGGGUUAAUCCACUCUGGACAUAGGAAGAUAUUGUCUGCUCAAUAUCUUGAAUUGUUUUGGCACUACAUGUACUAUCAAUUAAAUGAUGCAUUUCAAUUUUCAUGGGGCAUAUGUUUUUGUUGUGGUUUUUUCUUCUUUGUUUUUUGCUGUCUUUUCAUCACACAAGUACAGUGUAUUUCCAUGGAGGGGAGGAGGACUCCACAAACUUAUUCUGUUGUUUGCACAUUGUAAACAUAUGAUACUGAGAGAAACACAAUAACAACUUCUAAUGAUACCUGUAAAGUACUUUUAAAUAGUACAGGCCUUAAUUACAUUGGGUCAACAUUUUUUGACAAUUCAUUUGAUAUUUCAGGACAUGCAAACAAAUUUCAACCUUUUGUAAACUUGUUCUUAUUCUGAUCCAUGUCACAAAAGAUAUAAAACUUCGAUAAGCAAGCAAUUUCAAAGAAUGUGACCUCAUGCUUUCACACUAAGGCCCUUUCUUUAAGUAAUUUAUUUUGAUAUCAAUUAAAUCAAAGCAUUGUUAUCAGGAAAUAUGCAUGCCAAAUAAAAAGCCUGAAAUAAAUGUAUAUGCAAAAUUGUGGGCCAGAUUAACUCAUUUUUCACAAACUGAUUGGUUUAAUGUUUCAAUUUUCAUGGAAAGUGGGAACUUUUCAAGCAUCGGAGCAAUACAUUGCCAAAGUAAAAACAAAAAAGGCUAAAUUUUAUGGGGGUUAUACCCAGUAAUUCAAAUCCUCCACAUAUAGAACAAUCUUAGAGGGUGGCAACUCAUCAGUCAAAACCCUGUUGUUGUUUCAGAAAGUGAAGACCAUGAAUAUUUGCCCCCCCCCCCCCCCCUGACAAUAUUUAAAAAGUUAUUUGACAUUUUGCAAGGUUAAUCACAGAUGGGUGAAUUUCUUGCUCGUUCAGAUCAAUGUAGGACAGAAAGUCACAGGACAAAAAGUCACAGACAAAAAGUCAUGGACAAAAUGACCAUGGACAAAAAGUCACAAUAAGAAAUUUUAUGAAAGUAGGACAAAAUGUCACAGGACAAAAAGUCACAAGACAAAAAGUCACAGUUUAUAAGAAAAUAAAAAGUAUUGAUUUUUUAUAUAUAAAUUAAAACAUAUCUGUUCUUUUUGUAAAGUUUAAGAAAAUGUAUAUGCAAAAUUUAUAUUUUUUAUGAGAUUUUGAUAAUAAUUAUAAAAUUGUUAUUCCUUUUAUCAUAUUUAUUGUAAAAUAUUUAUUUUGAUUUUUUUAUUGAGAUAAAAUAAAAAUAAGCUUUAUGAUCGUUUGGUUUAGUAUACUACAUAUGAAUGAUUGUCAAAACAAAAUCUAAUGGCAGAAUUAUGGUUGGCUUCCUUUCACUCCAGAUUAUUGUCAAAACAAGAAGUAAGUGAACUGUCAUAUAAUAAUUGCUAUAUAAACAAGUCAAUGAUUUUUCCAUUCUUAUUAUCUAAUAAUGAACAUCUAAUAAUGAACUGAAAGUGCUAAAUGUGGCAAAACAAACACAAAUAAGAAUGAUGACAUGUAUUCCCUUCUACCUCCCAUCCACUGUAAGAAUGUCUGGUGUCAGAACAACAGCUUUAGUGAGCAUUUUUGUGACCUUUUUGUCCUGUGACGUUUUGUCCUGUGACUUUUUGUCCUACGGAUUUUGUGACUUUUUGUCCUGUGACUUUCCGUCCUCAUUUCAGUAAAUGAUAAAGCACCAACAGUGAUUACAAAUUUUGAGGAUUUUGUGAAAGUGACCAUAAUUGUAAUUGUCAGUAUGUUUCAGGAACUUAAAGUUGUCUUUCAGUUGAUGUAUUCUUGCCCAUAUAAUGAGACUAAAACCGAAGCGUCUCUGGGGGGUACUCUGGGGGGUAAUGCAUGACGAUACUCGGGCGGUCUAAUGUAAUCAGUGCCUGUUAAUUGUCAUCUGUCUUGCCUAACAUUUUCAACUUCUUUUCAGAAAUUAUUUGCAUGACCAAUAUCAAUACAAUCUUUAAAGAAAAUCUUACUCCGAGGCAUCUUACAAAUUAUGCUUAUAAUCGAAAUAAACAGAUCACCAACACAUCAUGGGAAUGUACAAGUAAAUUUGUUUUGCUUAUAAUGAGCAUGAAGGUCUUUACCAAAAUUGUCAAAUUCAUGACCCAAGGCCCUGGGAUUUAGACUUCUGUGCAGGAUUAUAUGGUUCAUAUGAAGUUAAAUGAUUUGAAAAUAUUCCUCUUUAUUCUUAAACAUAUAGCAGACAAACAUUCAGAGUAUCAUUAUAAGCUGUGAAAUUCAUGACUCUAGGUCAGGGAUUCAAGUCAUGAAUGUACUGAAAAUUUCUGUAUCGGUACUCCCGAACAUUUAACACUCAAAUUAGGUGCAUAGUUUAGCAAGCAGACCUCUUAUCAAAUUGUGAAUUUUUACCUCUUGGUUUAUGCCCUAAACUGAGAAGACACACAUAUUAUAUAAAUUGUACUACAUAUGAAAGUGCAUUCAAGAGAUUUAAAAACAGUUAUCUCCGCUAAGUGCAGAAAAUCAAAUGUUGAUAUUAGAAAGAUGGUCUUAUUGCUUAUCAGUGAAAUGGUUUUAAGAAAUUGUCACCCGGAGGUGGGGUGGGGUGGGCAAGGUCAUCGUAGCAUAGUCAAAGUUUUAGAUCAUUGGUAAUGUGGUGAAAGGUCUGGAAAAUGGUUAUAUAGGGACUGGGUGGAUGGAGUUAUGGAUUGCAAAACAAUUUGAAAGAUUAGAAAGGUGCAGAUCAUUGGAAAGGUGUUAAAGUUAGUAUAUUGUCCAGUCAUUUCCAAUCUAAUUAAAAUCAGAUCCUAGGAUACGCUCACAAUACACAAAGUAUAUGGCGCGGAUCUAAGAAGUCUGAUUUUAAUUAGAUUGAGUCAUUUCAUGACUACAUAAAGUCCUUGAUUGCAGAAUACAUUAGUGGUAUUGCCGUUUUAGACUGAACAAGCACUGUAAAGUCACACAUUUCUAAUGCUAAUUCUAGUGCAACCCAGGCACCAAACUUUUUAUGUAAAUGUGUAUUAUUUAAAUAAGGAUUUAUUUCACCUUGCAGACUUACUGUACUUUACAGAUUGAAGGUAAAUUAGAGUGUAGAGUUGGGUCAAGAAGUAGAAACAAUGUACACUCCUUGGCCAAAUUAAGUUUCCAAAGAAAAAAAGCACAUGUGUUUCGUACAAAAUGAAACUACAUGCAUUUCAAAUUAUUGUUUGUUCACCAAUUUUGAUGAUAUAAGCACCAUAUCACUGGAUUUUCUCAGAUUAGUGUUAAUAAAAUUUUAUUUACAACAUGCUUUCAGAUGAAACAAUUAGAUUUUUAUUCAAAGAAAUAAAUGUGUGAAAUAGAAGAGGAAAAUAUUACAUUUGAACUUUUGUCAUACUACUGUAAGAUAUGUAGACAUAUGUAUGUCCUGUAGUAUGCUAUCAUGGUUGUUCACCUUCAAAUUUAAAGAGGAAAUGAGAUUGUGUAUAUACUAUAUACAUUAGUAUUUUCAAAACUAAUCAAUUACACUGCUUUUUUAUGGCAGUAAAGAAAGUAUAUUAUAUAUAACCAAAUUAAAGAUGGAGGAAGUGAAAACAGACCUGUAUCCAAUUUUUUUUUUUACAUUUACAGAUAAGUUGCAUUUACAAAAUCUAGUAAAAAUGCUGUGUAGCAAUCUACAUUGCUCUAUCAUGGUCUUCAUAAAUCAACAUAUUGAUCGUAGAUAUGAUUUAACUUUCAUCCAUAUUGUGUAAUAAAUGACAGAGGAUGUAAUGUACUUUUAUAGUCUUAUCUUCCUGAUCUAGUUUGAUUAUGUAUUGACCUUGUACUUAGCCAGAUCUCUACGGAGUUCAAAUUCUUAAGAUCAUCGUAGACUAGUCACUGAGUAUGUGUUGUUCUUUUACUCACUGGAACUUUUUGGGACACAUCUUGAAAAUUUCUCAAAAUUGGCAUGUUCUGCAAUAUUUUUGAAUUUGCCAAUUUUUGUUAUGCACAGCAGAACAUCACAUUUUUAAAUUAUCAUUGUCAUCAAGUUUAGGUCAUUUGACCUGUGACAAAUUAUGUCUCCCCUUUACCAGGGGUAGAAGUGUAAGAGUGAGUUUGCAUUUCAGCUUGAUUAAUCCGUCCUUGACCUACUUUAGGGCUAUAAGUAGGUCACACAGUUUUCUGGACCUUUUUAACUCACCUGAGCUGAAAGCUCAAGUGAGCUUUUCUGAUCGCCUGUUGUCCGUCGUCUGUCUGUAAACUUUUUACAUUUUUUACUUCUUCUCCAGAACCACUGGGCCAAUUUCAACCAAACUUGGCCAACAGCAUCCUUGGGUGAAAGGCUUUCAAGUCUGUCAAAUGAAGGGCCAUGCUCCCUUCAAAGGGGAGAUAAUCACAAAAAUAGGGUGGGGUCAUUUAAAAAUCUUCUCAAGAACCACUGGACCAAAAGAGCUGAAAUUUACAUGAAAGCUUCCUUACAUAGUGCAGAUUAAAGUUUGUUAUAAUCAUGGCCCCCGGAGGUUGGAUGGGACCACAAUAGGGGAUCAAAGUUUUACAUACAAAUAUAUAGGUAAAAUUCUUUAAAAAUAUUCUCCUUGAAAACUACUGAGCCAGAAAAGCUGAGAUUUACAUGAAAGCUUCCUGACAUAGUGCAGAAUCAAGUUUGUUAAAAGCAUGGCCCCUGGGGGUAAGAUGAGGCAACAAUAGGGGAUCAAAGUUUUACAUAUAGGGAAAAUCUUGAAAAAUCUUUUGAAGAACCACUGAACCAGAAAAGCCGAGAUUUACAUGAAAGCUUCCUUACAUAGUGCAGAUUCAAGUUUGUUAAACUCAUGACCCCUAGGGCUUGGAUGGGGCCACAAUAGGGGAUCAAAGUUUUACAUAACUAAUAAAUAAAAAAAAUCUUUUCAAAAUUUUCUCCUUAAGAACCAUUGGGCCAAAGAAAUUUACAUUUGCACGAAAGCUUCCUGACAUAGUGCAGAUUCACAUUUGUAAAAAUCAUGGUAUAUUGGGAAAAUCAUCAAAAAUCUUCUGAAAAAAUCACUUGGCCAGAAAAGAAUACAUUUACAUGAAAGCUUCCUGACAUAGUGCAGAUUCAAUUUUGUAAAAAUCAUGAUCCCCAGGAGUAGGUAGGGAUCAAAGUUUUACAUGCGAAUAUAUAGGAAAAAUCUUUAAAUAUGAGCCACGGUGAGUCAGGUGAGUGAUGUGGCCCUUGGGCCUCUUGUUUUGUUAUAGAUACAGAUAUUGGUGUGAAAUUUACACAUAAGCUUCCUCUCAGAGGAAUACAAGUUCAGUUUGCAUUUCAGCUGGAUUGGCCCGUCCGUCUGACCUACAUUAGGACUAAAAGUAGGUCAAACAUUUUUCUGGGCUUUUUUCAUUAAGAGUACAUAUAUUGCCCUGAAAUUUUGUCACAGGCUUCCUCUUGGAGGAAUACAAGUUCAGUUUGCAUUUCAGCUGGAUUGGUGACACAUUUUUGGGCUAAAAAUUAGUCAAACAGUUUUCCGGGCUUUUUUUCAUUAUGAAUAUAGAUAUUGCACUGAAAUUUAGCGACAGGCUUCCUCUUGGAGGAAUACAAGUUCAGUUUGCAUUUCAGCUGGAUUGGUCCAUCCUUGACCUACUUUUGGGCUAAAAAUAGGUCUAACAGAUUUCGGACUUUUUUUUCAUUAUGGAUACAGAUAUUACCCUGAUAUUUAGUCAAAGGCUUCCUCUCGGAGGAAUACAAGUUCAGUUAACAUUUCAGCUGGAUUGGUGUACUAUGACUUACUUUAGGGGUAGAAGUAGGUCAAACAGUUUUCCAGAUUUUUUUUUCAGUAUGGUCAUAGGUUUUGCUCUGAAAUUUUGUUACAACCUCCCUCUCAGAGAAAUACAUAUAGUCAGCUCAUAUUUCAAACAUUUCAACUUAAUUGGUGCACCACAACCUAUUUUAGGGCUAAAAGUAGAUCAAAUGGUUUCCUGGAAUUUUUAUCAUCAUAGAUAUUGCACUUCAGACAUUUUGUCACAACCUCACUUAGAGAAAUACAUAAUCAGUUCACAUGUCAGAUGGAUUGGUGCACCAUGACCCACUUUAAGGCUUUUCUAUUCAGAACGUGUGUUGUAUCAAUUCAGAAUGCACAAUAUGCUUCCAGGUUGAAUUUAUCUGUCCAACGGGCGUAUAUAGUACCGUUUGCGGUACUCUUGUUAGCAUGUGUGUUCCUUGUGGGAGAGCCAGUUCAAAUAUACAAUGGUUCUAUCUGCAAGUGACACAUUUUCCUUGGAACUACACUGGGUAGCUUGUAAUGAUAUGUUUCAACUUUAAAUGAACAAAGAAAAAUUGGGAAUGAAGAAUUGAUUUUUGCCCUAGGGGUAGAGAUUAUCAUUCUAUUAAAGAGCACAAAGCCUUUAAAAUACCGUCUCCGCUAUUGUACAUCUAAGUGCAUGAUUAAAAUGACUUCUGAGGGAUAGACAAAGUUUAUAGAUAUUUAAGGACACACGAUUCAUACAAAAAAUGGAUGCAUGGAUUGAUAUUUUUUUGGCUGAGUUUGGUUAUAAUCAGUACAAAUAUAAAAUUCCUUUAAAAAAAAACUAAGGUACUUGUAAAGUUUCAAUGAUAUUCAAAAGUUGCAAUAUAUUACUCCUCCUUAUAUAGCUUUAUACACAUUUUUCCCACUGUUUUAAAAAUCAUGGAGAUAAAUUACAAUCCAUGUGGUAAAUUGUAUUCAUUUUAUUUAUAGAAGCAUAAAUUUAGUGUUCAUUUUCAUCAUUUUUGUAAAAAAAAAUGUUUGUAGCAAGUGUCAUUAAAUUCAUUAAAUAUGUAUUAAUUCCACACUAAAUUAAUGUUCUCUACUACCAAAACUAUGGCCAACAAAUUUCUGUUCGUAACACUCAGAAGCUUUGGGUAUACAUAGAUUUAUUAUGUCUGCAUCUGUCUGUCACAAACUAAAUUCAAUGUGGAAAAACAGCAGGGGAUUAGACUUAACACCAAGGUUGUGUCCAUGUCAUGACCCAGGUAAGCAAUUAAAGGUCAAGGCCAUGGUGGAAAAUGUAAGAAUUUUUGUCUGUGCAAGAAAUGCCUUAUCGAGGAAACAUAGCGCAUGUGAAUAAGUUAUUUAUAUAAGAAGGAUAUGUCUUUUACCUAACCCAAGGUAAUUUGGACAAGUUUAAAUUACGGUACCUGCAGUUAUUGUAUGAAAUUCUUGUUUCAUGCAGGACUAGUAAACAAAUGGAAGUUCAAAUGUACAUUGUGACAAAAAAUGAACAACAAGGAUGCAGUUUGUGAAAACCAUCAUCUGUCCAAUGAUGAGCCUUAAGUUGAAGGCCACAAUAUGGUUCAAUCUUAUAUUUGUAGGGUUUUGAUAUCUGUGUAAAAGCAAUAUGUGUCUCAUGUUUCAAAUGAGGGGAUGGGGUGGAGACAACAUUAGUAACGUGAAAAUUUAUCCAAUCUUUGUUGGAAAUUGUGCAUUCUUAUCACUCAAGUGAAAUACACAUGCUUUGCACACACAUCCAUUUUAUACUAUACCUUCUGCCUAUAAUGUGAAAUUUAUAAUCCCGGACAUGCUAACUCUCCAGAUUUGUCUGUACACCCCUAAAAUUACGAUCUUUGAUUUGGAUGAAAAAUCCUCCAAAUUAAAUAUCAUUUCUUUUAUUAAAGUCAUUUAAAACACUUAAACAAUUCACUGCUGUUAAGUACAUUGCAUCAAGUACUUUGUUGUUUUUUAAAUAAUUUUAUUAGUAUUAAAGCAUGUAUUGUAUAUGUGAUAAUUUAUUUGAUUAUGUAAAAAAAAAAAGUCUUCUGCAUGAUUGUUAUAGUUUACUGAUAAGUGAGUAGAAAACUACUGAAUGUAACUGACUUGGGUGGGCAGGCCUGUGUCUUCUCCACAAGCAAGUCCACAUGGCCCAGUAGUAGUACAGUCUGCACUGGUGUUGGUACAUGUAAUGUAGAAUUCCUGCAAGGGGCCUCAAGAGCGACCCUGUUACUCAGAAAGAAAAUAGUAUUUGAGGAUUUAGUCUGAUAAUCAUCAAUAAUGGGAUAAAUUAGAACAUGGUAAGUUUCCGUAAUACACCUAUAGACCUAAAUAUUUAAUUGGUGUUUGAAAUAGUCAAUUCAAUACAAUGGUACAUAUAUUGUGAAAUAUCCGGCUGUGAUCGUGAAUGCAUAUUUUCAGUCUGGGAUGUAGAUCAUUUUGAUUCUGUUCAAUAUACAUGAACAAUGUACUUAAAUUACUUUAAAAUUCAGUAAUCUUUUAUUUCUAAUAUAUGAACUUAGCAUAUAUAUGUGGAAGUGACAUUUCAAAUACAUGAGCUCAGUAGCAUAAUUAUGUGGAAGUGACAUUUCUUGCAUGAAAAAAUGAAAUCACAAAUCCCAACCCUGUGAAACAAAUGUUUGAUUUUUGAGUCAACAAACAUGAGGUUCUUUAAAUUGUGAUAUCUUUGCAGAAAGGUGAUACUAGGUAAUAGCAAGUAUUUUGAAAUUAGAACACACAUAUUUGACUUAUUAAAUCCCCCUCUCUAAUCUUGCUUUGAUCUGCAUCAUUUCACAGAAUGUUCUAAUUCUUGUUUUCUGUGUUAUAUAUAGGUAUUGAUUCAGUCCUUACAGGAAUUCUUAUCUUCCCAUGUCCUAAUACUUCACCCUUUGAUUUACUUCCAAACUAAUCACAUAAGGAAACCCUUUGGAACUUUUUUUGAAUGAGUCAUUGAAAUGGAAAUUUUUUCAUAACUGCCUGGAGUGUAAAAUUUGUGACAUCCAGUCAUUGAAUAUAUAUCUUUAUGAAAACAAUUUUAUUCUGCUUACUACAGUAAUUAUGAUACCUCGUCUACUUAACAGAAUGUUAUGUUGUUAUGUAUCAAAACGGCUACAUUCAUGAUUCACUAUUGGUUCAAGUAAAGGUUAUUCACCGAGACAAUAAUUAACAAAAACAUGCUAUAGAUUUCAAGAAGGCCAUUCAGGUGUAUUUAAUCAAUAUUGAACCUAACCAGUAAGGCCUUUGUGAUAUUGAUUUGGUUGUGAUCAUUCACAUAUCAACAUUUUGUUUUCAUCUUACACAUGUAUAUUGACUUUCUGUGGAGAAAUUUAGAAAAUAACUAACUUUUUGAAUGUCCAUAUUUUCAAAAGGAUUUGUGAAAUUCUUAUUAAGGUGUACAAUUCAUGUGUAUAUUUUUGUUAUUUAUGUAUAAAUGUAUACAUUUUUUUGUGUGCAGUUUUUUAAGAUUCAUAAAUUAAUAUAUUGAUUUAUGUAUAUUGCUUAUGUAUUUAUUAUUUCAAUGAUAAUGAAUAAACAAUAUUUCUCCGUGAUA